UACGGAAACUAACCUUAAAAUGUCAAAAUCACUGUAAAAUCAAAAUUUAUUAAAAUGUUUCUCAAUACCAUAAUUUUUAAUAUUUUAAAAACCAGGCCUAUACAAAACAAGCAAUUUCAAAGCUUAUUCCAUACGUGUUCAAUAAAUUAUGCAGGUCAUUCAAAAUGGCAAAAUAUCCGGCACAUAAAAGCUUUGAUGGACAGUAAAAAAAGUGACUUAUUUACAAAAUUAUCAAGACAAAUACGUUUAGCAAUCGUUGAGGGGGGUGGUAGCACAGAUGCUAAGAUUAAUAAUCAACUAAAUAACAUCAUAGAACAUGCAAUGAAUCAGAAUAUGCCUAAAGCUACAAUUACCAAAAUUUUAACCAAUUAUGAAAAAAAGGAUGCAAAAACAGUGAUGAAACAAGGAAUAAUAGAACUCAAAUUAUUAAAUAGAAAUGCAUUUAUUUUGCUGUCUCUAGUAACAGAUAAUUUAGCUAAGACGAAAGCUGAAGUCAACGGAGUAGUUAAGAAGUCUAGACUUGUUGAAUUUGCUAUGUGUAAACACAUGUUUGAAGAAAGAGGAAUCAUAACAACAAAGUUGCUAGAUGGGCAGACCCUUGACCAUGCUACAGAGCAUGCUAUUGAAGCAGGGGCAGAAGACGUAGAUCUUGUAGAUGAAAAUGAGAAUUACAUUCAAUUCGAAACAAAUCCACUUUACAUAGAUCGAGUUAAAAAAAAUCUGGAUGCUAAAGGCUAUAAAAUUGAGCACUAUGAGAAAGUUUUUACUCCUCAUGUUUCUGUUCAGUUAUCUACAGAUGACCGUGAGCAAUAUGAACUCCUUAAAAAGAAAUUGUUAAAUAUAGAUGGCAUUGAUGAUAUUCACGAUAAUAUUGAAUAUGCAGAAGAUUUUUAGCAAAUUAAAUGAAAAUAAUUAUCAAUGUACAUGAACUAGAUAGUUAAAUUAUUUAAAAUAAGCAAGUUAUUAUUUUGUUACAGCCGGGACUGCCCAAUUUUCUACAUGAGGAAAAAGAUUCAAAUCGAAUUAGAUACUCAAGUCAAACGUGUUGAACGGUUCGGUUUACCGAGCUGGUAAGAUUCAU